UUGAGGAAAGUAAAGACCCGGUUAUUAACCUGGAAUUUUGAACUAAGGAUAUUGUUUGAGUUUUCAGGGACUUCUGGAUCAUUCUAGCCAAUAAAAAUGGGUCAGAUCCUUUCCAACGAAAUUUAAAUUCUUGACUCGCCAAACCUGUUAAAGUUAGUUAAGAUUAUGUACAAGUGAAUGUAAUAUUUUCACCCUCUUUAUUGUUCUACUGAAAAGUCAAAAGCAAUUUUUGAUCAUAUGUGAGUGAUGAAGCCGAUAAAAACUUGUUCUGUUAGACUGUUCUUUCAUUAUUUUCAGCACGCUGUAAUGCAUGGAACAAGUGCCGUUUUACUCUUUCUGGGUUCCAUCGCCAUGUUGAGCGAUGCAUUCGGUACAAGAGAAGAUUGGAUCCGUGGUAUGAUCACGGACCUAAUGAGCCCGACCAAUUCAAAUCAUAACAUCUAUAAGGACAUAUUCCUUGGCAACAUGUAUCGAAUUGUAAAGUGUUGUGGAGCAGAUGGGCCCGACGAUUAUCCAUUUCUGUACGACAUGUCGCCCCCUCCAGAGUGUAUCAACCAUUGGAUGUUAGGAGGGAGGGAUUAUGAGCGAGGAUGUGCCAGGGCCUUCUCUAUCUGGUUAAAGGCUUGGGCUGGAGGAAUAUCCGGUGCCCUUAUCAUCGGUGCAAUGAUUGAGAUACUGUUGAUUGUGUUUAUCAUGAAACAGAUCAAGUACUUAAAAGUCAUGAACGAUUUUGAUAUUCACCCGAGGGCUCCCGAAAAGGAUCUGCCUCCCGUUCCACCGCAUCGAGAAGCCUAUGAUGGAAUGGAAUCGGAGGCGUUUUUGCCACAGAAACGGCAGUUCUUCCAACCCAACACUCCCCAAAGAAGCACAUCGAUUACUCAUCUUUCUCAGCCUCAACCUAGCUUACCGCCAUUGCACCGAACUCCCUCGGUUCGAUUCGGCGAAGUCAACCAGAGGCAAUUCCAACGUUCAACAGAAAGUGUGGACCAAUUGAAGCCUCAAAUUGGCGCCCCUAUGCAACCAAAUCCCAAGAUGGCAACAUCCAAUUUCCACAACCACAACCAAGAACUCAUUACGCCCUCCUUGCCGAAACGAACUCCCUAUUUGAGUAAUGUCAUCGCCAGCCCCCCUCCAGUACACCACAGACAACCUGAGCCCCGUUUUAUUGAACGUUCUAAUCAAAAGAAGUCAAUCUUAAAAUCAAACACUAACUCCAGUACAGACGAAAGCACCCGAAGAGAUGAUACCAUUCUGUUGUUCGGCAAAGGCACUGGGGUUCCAGUCCAAGAUCCCUUUGAUAGAGAGAGAAGUAGUACGAUGACCAGUGAGACUAUGGAGAGGUUCGGAGGCUUUGAUAGUGACUAUCAGCAACGAAUUUUCCUGAACAAGCCCAGUGAUUAUGAAGAAAUCACCUCGCCGUCUUUGCCAUCGCCCAUGACCAAUCGGAGGAAGAAAAUGCCUAUUCCUUCGAAAGUGCGGUCACGUAGCCGAGAGAGUUUGGCCAAACUGAGUACAGCGAGCACAAGUUCAUCCGCUUCAGAGGGGUAUUACUUGGAUGAGGACCCAAGAUUGAAACGAUCAAGAAGUCCGGAUAUCAACGCUGAAAGGACAAGCCCUAAUCCGAGACGAAAAAGGAGCCUGACCAGCACAUUUCCACCCCCGAUAUCACCUCACCUGCAAAAGAGGAACAAAUCAAUGCAAUCUUCACGGGCAGAUGGACCCCGGAGAAGCAGUAGUCGAGUGGGAAUCGCUGACAUUUUUGGAUCAAACCACAGCUUACGGCGAAGUCGUUCUGGCCAUUUAAAUCGCAAUGACUUUGAUGAUCCACCCCGUCGGAGCAAACGCGUGAGCAUUUCGGACCUUUUUGCACCAAGUCACAACUUGCGUAGAAGUCGCUCGGGGCAUCUAAACCGAGAUGACUUUGAGGAGGGCCCUCGAAGGCAGCGCUCCGGGUCCAGCCACGCGUUGUUUUGGGGGUCCAGACCCGAUCUACAUAGAAGCGACUCAGGUCCGUUUGACACUCCAGACAAGUACAGAGAAGCACCACAACGACCAAAUCAACAGAGCCUCCGACAGAAACCUCGGAAUGAUUCAGGCCCACUUGAAGCUAAAAAUCGUUCAAAAGCCAGAGGACCCUCAGGAACAAGAUCUUCCACAAUGAUCGAACCUGAGACACAUCAUAGUAAUCCAGUACCUCCAUCACUUCCACCUCGACCUAAACAUCUAGCUUCCAAAAGAGAAAUGACUUUAGAUCUUGAAAUGAGAGGUCAAGCUAGAGCAACCUCUGAGUUCGAGAAGUCGAAUCAAGAAAGCACAAUUGUAUUUGAAGAGCGAUCAACUCGAUUUCCAGGGUUUGUUCGGCAUAAACGCAGGUCUGGAUCCAAUUUGAUUGAGACCUCAAUAUGAUUCCUGCAUUAUAAUCUUAUCUGAAAUGUAUCAAUCACUUAUUUAUCAUUA